UUGUGCAUGUGAUAAAUGAAUACAUUGACACUCCUACAAGUUUAGUGAUACAGCAGAUGAAGUGUGACAUCUUAAGUAAACAUGUGUUAUCGUCAGCUGGGUGUGAGCUAAACAAACAUGACUGAGCCCUCCGGCACUGACAAAGUAGUCUAAGCUUCUUCAUAUUAGGUGUGACCCUGUUCUUCAGGCGUUUGGUUUGUUGCUGAUGCUGAAACAUGAAAAGGUGCUAACUUGUUUGCGACUUUAAAGAGUUUUUACAAUGCAGAGGCAAGUUUUGGCUUUGAAGCAAAAGAUUAAGAACCAUGGUCCUAAGAAGGAGGAUCUGGACCCCCGGAAGUGGAUGAAGCAGGAACAGGUGAAAGUGUUUGCUGAUUUUGUUUUGAACAAGGACACAGAAGGGGAGGCGGACACCAGCUUUGACAACAGAGAGAUGCUGCUGCAAACAGAGAAGCAGUUUAUAGAGGCAGCGAAGAGCAAUGAUGUUGCUGCAAUGAGGGCGCUCGGAAAGGGCUUGAAUGCCAAUGCAAUGAAUGUGCACAACAGGACUGCCCUUCACUAUGCAGUGGCUGGCAAAAACAAGGAAGCGGUUGAGCUUCUUCUGCGGCGCAGGGUCCAAGUGGAUCAGAGAGACAAGUUUGGUGUGGCACCCAUUCAUUUAGCAGCCUGGUUUGGCAGUUUGGAGAUCCUGAAAUUAUUAGUGCGGGCUGGGGCUGAACAGGAGAUUGAGAAUGAGGAAGGACUAAAUAUCAUGCAUUGUGCUGCUAUCAACAAUCACACUGACAUAGUGGACUACAUCGUCAAUGACCUCCAAAUGAAAGAACUGGACAAAGAUGACCAGUCAGGACACUGUGCGUUUGCAAUGGCGGCAGAGCAUGGUUGCGUGAAAAUGUUAGAAAUGCUAAUGGAUCCCUGUUACAACAUGGCCACCAUGAAGCCCAACAAGAAAGGAGACACGCCCCUGCACUUAGCUGCAAGGAACGGCCACUUGGAUGCUGUCCAACUGCUGCUGAAAAGCUUUGAUAUUCGGGAUGAAGUCAAUAUGGAUGGUGAGACAGCGCUGUACCAGGCUGCAGACAGUGGCCAGGGACAAUGUGUCCUAGCAUUGCUGCAGGACGACUGUGACCCCAACAUCCAAACAACUACCAAAGGCAGUGCUCUUCAUCCAGUGUCAGAAAGAGGAGACACAUCUCUGGUCCAACUUCUCUUAGAAUACAAAGCCCACACAGACUUUCAGAAUGAGGACAUGGACGCUCCUCUUCACCUGUCAGUGAAAAACAGCCACAUACCGGUCAUCCAUUUCCUCCUGGAGGCAGGCUGCAACAUAAACUCUACCAAUAAGAGGUCGGAGACUGUCAUGCAUAUUGCUGCUGAACUGGCCAGAAUAGACGUUGUGGAAAUGCUGCUUAAAGCUGAACUUGAUCUGACACUCAAGGACUGGCAGGGAAAGACGGCGCUCGGUGUGGCAGCCAGAGCAAAUGAGGUGAUCAUAGUGGACAUGAUUAUCAAGGCAGAAAGAUACUACGCAUGGAAGAAGGCUAACCCAGAAUUGAAUGACCGUGUUCACAGUGAGUAUCCGCUAACAUUCAAACUGGACCAUCGCAAUGAGACCAAGCAGCUCCGCUUGAUGGCCUGGCGCCUGGCCUAUGAGCUCCUCAAGCCAGGUGACUGGAAGCGACUGGCUGAACACUGGGGAUUUGAUCAGGAGCAAGUGUACGCCAUUGAGAGACAGUGGACAGGUCAACAGAGUUACAAAGAGCAUGGCAACAGGAUGCUGCUGAUUUGGCUCCACGGAGAAGAGCUGGCCCGGAAAAGUCCUUCGAUAGAGCUCUACCAGGCCCUUGUCAAAACAGGCAAUGGCAGAGCUGCAGAUCUGAUGCGGAUGGAAUCAGACAGUGUCACCAGCAGGAACUGCAGGCUUUCAUGAUGGAAGGUGUGACAUUAAGUUUAAUUGCCAUUAUGUUUACAUCACUUUUGAGAAACAAUGUUAUAGAAAGAGCUUUUUAAAAUGAUUUCAAAAUGUGCAAAGAGGAUGCGCUUUGGUGUAACUAACAAAACUGCUUUUCAAUGACUACUCUUCCAUUUUACAUAUAUUUUAUCUGAAUAUAAAAGCAAAUAUUUUAAACGGGACCUAUAAUGCUCAUUUUCAGCGCAGAAAGCUUUCUAGAUCUUCCAGGUUCUGCACCUCUUUCUGCAGUCGUUCUUUCCAUGGACUUCCUGCUUCCGACCCCAAGAGUCUGUUUAAUUUACUCCAGCACCUCACCUAGGUACGCCCACUCCUCUGUGAUUGGUCACACUCGCAAGUGCCCCCAAGGACUUCCGGACACGUAAAUCCCCCUUUUACUGAGUGCAGGCAGUCUGCAGCCCAUAUAAGGAAGUCUGGAUCGCAUUGACAUCACUUUCAAAUGGGCAAAUGUCACUACCACAUGCUUCGGCAUCGUCUAACAUGAGAAAAACAUUGUAACAAUUGUAGGUAAAAAAAAAAAAAAAGUGGAAAAGGGCAUAAUAGGUCCCCUUUAAGUAAAAAAGUAUUUUUUUCUAAUUCUGUCCUGCUGCUUUUUUACAUCACGAACAUUGUUGAUCAGUGCAAA